AUGGAUCGAUUUGAAGAACAACAACGAAUAUUCGUUCAGGCGUUGAAUCAAAUUGAUGAUGAGUCAGAUGAAGAUAAAGAACUAACCAACAACUUGAUGCAGCUAUAUUCAUCGGGGCAAAUACCUAGAGAUCCAGAGCCAAGAGAAGUCUUCACAAGAAGAUAUACGUACCAGGGUCGGGAUGAAUGGCAUGAGAAGCUGAUGCAUGAUUAUUUUUUUCCUCACUGUGUGUUAUAUGAUGAAAAUUUCCAAGGCCGAUUCCGCAUGCCUAGACAUUUGGUGCUAAAGAUUAUUGGUGAGCUUUGUCAGGUAGAACCUCAAUUUAAUUAUCAGUAUGAUGCACUGUAUAUUAGGGGUCGUAGCCCUGAACAAAAGACCGGAUACCCUACCUAUUGGGCAGGUCAGUAUAAGGGUCACUACGCAAAACCAACAAUGAUCCUUGAGGCUGCUGCUUCUUAUGAUUGUUGGGACACACUUUUUUUGGUAAAUUUCAGUAUUAACGGGAAUCACUACACUCAUGGUUAUUAUCUUGCAGAUGGAAUUUAUCCAAAAUGGUCAACUUUAGUUCAAUGUUACCGUCAGCCACCUGCCGAUGAAAUGGGUCGUUCAUACUCGUAUUUCAAUAGUAAACAGAUGAAUCUGAGAAAGGAUGUAGAACGGGCUUUUGGAAUUCUGAAGCGGAAGUUCGCAAUCAUUUGUGGGUCUUAUCGUGUUUUAAGUGCUCGUGAAAUGCAUAAGACUAUGUUGACUUGCAUCAUUAUGCAUAACAUGGUUAUCCAGGAGACUCUUCGUAAUAAUAAUUGGACUAACCAUCAAGAUGAAGACUUAAGGCCUGAGAUUAUACCAGCUAGAGGAUUACCUGCAAAGAACUAUGCGCAAAUGACCAGUCAUAUUGAAAACAUAACUCUAUAUAACAGGUUGAAAACAGAACUCUGUAUAACAGGUUGA